GACCCGCGCGCUGCCGGCGCGUCGCUUCUCACGCGCCUCUUCUGCCUUAUUGUUAAGGGAUCUCUAUCGCGGCGUCGACUUCGGCGUGCCCGGCCGGGGAUGUGAGGGGCGGCGGCAGCAGUUCUCGUCGCCGGGAGCCUGCGGUUGCGGUCGGCUGAAGAGUUUGGAACGGAUGUUGGAAGAUGUUAGCUGUGGAUACUGGGCUUGUGGAGGAGUGGUUAUCGGAGUUCAAGACGCUGCCAGAAGCAUCCAUAUCCAGCUAUGCUACAAACCUGAAAGACAAGAGUGCUCUGAUUUCAUCUCUUUACAGAGUAAUUCAGGAGCCACAAAGUGAACUUCUGGAGCCCGUCUGCCAUCAGCUCUUUGAGUUCUAUCGCAGUGGUGAGAAGCAAUUACUACGAUUCACACUGCAGUUUCUGCCUGAACUGAUGUGGUGCUACCUUGCUGUCUCAGCCAGCAGAGAUUUGCAGAGCAGUGGAUGUAUAGAAGCCCUUCUUCUAGGAGUGUAUAACUUGGAGAUAGUUGACAAAGAGGGACACAGCAAAGUGCUGAGUUUCACUAUUCCAUCUUUGUCCAAACCUUCAGUAUAUCAUGAACCUUCCAGUAUUGGCUCCAUGGCUCUUACUGAAGGAGCUUUGUCCCAGCAUGGUUUGUCCAGGGUUGUGUACAGUGGACCUCAUCCUCAGAGGGAGAUGUUGACAGCACAGAACAGGUUUGAAGUGUUGACUUUCCUUCUGCUCUGCUACAAUGCUGCCUUAAGCUACAUGCCUGCAAUUUCUCUUCAGUCAUUGUGUCAAAUUUGCUCAAGAAUUUGUGUCUGCGGAUAUCCUCGCCAACAAGUCAGAAAGUAUAAGGGAGUAAACAGCAGGAUUCCAGUUUCAUCUGAAUUCAUGGUGCAAAUGCUAACAGGGAUUUAUUAUGCCUUUUAUAAUGGAGAAUGGGAUCUGGCUCGUAAAGCUAUGGAUGACAUUUUGUAUAGAGCACAACUGGAACUGUAUCCAGAACCUCUGCUGGUUGCUAAUGCAAUAAAAGCUUCACUGCCUCAGGGUGCCAUGAAGUCUAGUAAAGAAGGUACAAAAUGCAUUCAGGUUGAAAUUACACCUACUUCAUCCAGGAUAUCAAGAAAUGCUGUGACUAGCAUGUCUAUCCGAGGGCACAGAUGGAAAAGACACGAUUCAGGUGGGGGAAGAGCUGCUGAACAAGGGAUCAAAACUUCCAGCGACUUGCUGUGCUGUGUUUGUAAUUCUGAUGAAAGGGAGGAGUCAGUGUAGAUAAGUGUUCUUUUAAUAGGCUGAAUAAAGACUUUAAAACAGUAUUACGAUGACUUCUAUAUGAUGUGUGCUAUAUGAACUUUUUUGUAGUAUAUAUAAAGUUCAGUUCAAAAAAAUAUUGCAAAGAUCUGUGUUACUGGAAAAAAAAAAAACCAAAAACAACAAUGCACCACACAGGGAUAUUUCAGGUAGCUGUUGAAGAUUAUAAAUAUUCUGAUAAAAGAGGGUUUAAAAAUAACAAUAACGAUUUCUGAACAGUGAUGAUACAUGCUGAUAUUAGUUCCAGUAGUAAGCUUUUGAAUGUGAGGAAGGGCAAAGGAAGUUAAAAUAGUUAAAGUUCUUUUCAUUUCAAUAACAUGCUUGAUUUAUUAACUUAAACUGGUAGGCAAAGACGAGGAGCAGAACAUUAAUGUCUUUGAUAUGAGUGUGGUUCAGUAGUAAGAGCGUAAGUCGUUUCUGAGAUUUCAAGACUGCUAAGGAACAUUUUAGCCAUUAUUGCUUAUUUUCCUUUCUGCCUGCUUAAAAUUUUUGAGGAGGGAAUAUUGACCUGGAGUCGGGAUACUGUAUAAUAAUGGCUUCUAAAUGCAGAUGUCCUCUAAAGCUUGGCAGUUUUGCUAUUAUUUUCAAGUGGUAAAUGGGAACGCAGAUCAGGGAUACUGAGUGUUUACUCAUUCAGAAGAGUUGGAAGUAUUAAAACAGUUUCCUUUGCUCUUGCAUUUACAGAAGAAAAUGAAAUAUAAAAUUAUCCUCAUGGGAAUCCAACUUUUUCAGCAAAUACAAGAAUGUGAAAGUUUUUACAAAUAUUUCUUCUUGGAGGGCCAAUACUGAGAGAAAGUCAAGAACCAAUGGUGGGACAAGUGUUCACUGCAACCGAUGGCAGUAAGGUGGAAGGGAAAUAAGAAUAUAAGUAGGAUUUGUAGAAAUGGGGGGAAGAGAGCAGCAAAAGAUAAACAGUGAUACUCUAGUUAAUAUGACAGAAGUGAGAAGUAGUGAGUAUUUAGGACAAGGACUGAAGAUCAAGGAGCACCGAGGAUUUCCACUAACAAACUCUUGUCAUCAUUCUAUUUGGGUUAUUGAAAAAACUUUGUAUUGGUCUAGUGGUACCGGGCUUAAAGAAGGACUGUAUUUCUGACUGAUCAGCAAAAUCUUUUUGGUUUAUAUGGCAGGUAUUUCAAGUAUGUAGCACUUGAGCCAGGCUACUCAGAAACUUCAUUAGAAAAUUCUAAAACAAAACAAGAAAACCUGUUGUUUAUGACUGGAACAGAGGCCUUUAAAAUCAGAACAAAAUGUCUUCAGAUUUCACAGUUCCUCAUAAAACUCAGUGUCCCACAAUCCCCUAUGAAAGAUGUGGAAUAGAUCUUCAGGGUAGGUGAAUAAUGAGGCUUGUGCUUACAGAUGCUUGUUUGAAUUAAAAUGAAUACUGGAGCAGGAAGAAAUAAGCCGGCAAACCUUGUACCUCCUGACCCACUGCUCUGCCACAGAGAGAAGGAAAGGAUCAAUUCAGAGAUUUUACUUUUGUAUUUCAAUACAAAGUGGGUUACACAAAUAGAUUUUGAAGCUAGGGGAGGCAGCUGAGAGGUAGUUUCUUAUGCGUGAUGUGGACCAUGAGAACUCACAAAGCAAAGUAUCUCUUGGGCUGCAAGGGCAGCAAUUUUAGAUCUGUCUAUUUGUAUAGAAUAAAAAACAAAAGAAUCUCAGCUGAUCACAUUUCUGAUUGAGAAGCAUGCGGGUUGUUUAUAUUGUUAUUUUAUUAAAAAUAACAGUUUAUUUCUGAAGUUUUGGGACACUGGGUCUUGCUAGCUUCUGUUAGAACUGUAAAUUGAAGUCUCUUGGGAAAAGAUCAACUUAAUUUUUAAAUUUGUUAUGAUACUUAACAAGAUUGUAAUUCUUGUUACUGAGAAGGACUUUUGUUUUUAAAUCAAGUUGUUAUCCUUGAUUUGGGUUUCUGACAGAGGUAGUAAUUGCAAAAGUCAUUUGCAAAAUGGACCCAUUACUCAUGAACAGGAUUUAGAGCUAAUUGAUUUCAGCCACCACUUACCAACAGAUUACUUGGAGCUACUGCAUUGGGUUGGCUUGACUUGAAUCAUACAGCUUAAAGGGAAUUUGAUCUAAUGGUAGUUUUUCAUGCCUCCGUGUUAGUGUUUAAAAAAAAAAAAACAACAACGUUUGAGUGGCAUCCAUGUUUCCAUUCACAAGUAGAGGUAGAGCAGAGAAAUCAAGCAGUUUAUGUACCUUUAUAAACACUGAAAAGUUAUUUACAGAAGCUAGGGCAAAAAAAAAAAAAAA